UCUGACUGCACGAGGCGUCCGGUGGCGGGGCAGGGAGAGCGGCAGGACCGGCAGGACACGGCGCCACGAAGAGCACGCCUUCUAGUCAAACUCGCAGAGUGGACGAUGCAGGACACCAGCCCCUCCUCACACCUCGCUGCCAUGGACGGCCAGCCAGAGCGAGAGCCGACCCCAGCGACCACCCCGUCACCGUCGGCGGCCGACCUCUCGUAUGGCUCGUGCGACGUGACGGACUCUGCAUCGCCACCUCUCACGGAUUUGGACUCCAAGCUCUCCGUGGAGAAACAGCUGGAAGCCGCGUCCUCGCUGGUGUCAAUCCGGGACGACAACAUGAAGGCCUCCAGGGGCUGCGGAGGAAUCACCCUGACGCAGUGGGUCACCGUCUCGAUCCUCUGCUUUGUCAACCUCAUCAACUACAUGGACCGCUACACCAUUGCGGGUGUUCUUGUAGACAUCCAGAAGCAAUUUAACAUAUCAGAUGAUAAAGCAGGCCUGCUACAAACAGCUUUUGUCGUCAGUUAUAUGAUCUUUGCUCCCAUUUUUGGGUACCUCGGAGAUCGAUACAACCGGAAAGUCAUUAUGGCAGGCGGGGUACUUAUGUGGAGUUUGACAACCCUCGCAGGAUCCUUUAUGAAUGAUUAUGGAACUUUCAUUUUGUUCCGGUCAUUUGUUGGAAUUGGUGAGGCAAGCUACUCAACCAUUGCACCAACUAUUAUAAGUGAUAUGUUUGUGAAAGAAAAACGCUCACAAAUGCUUGCCCUAUUCUAUUUUGCUAUCCCCAUUGGCAGUGGUCUUGGAUACAUAGUAGGAGCCUACAUGGCCACCCUCCUUGGAAGUUGGCACUGGAGUCUUCGACUAACUCCAGCACUUGGUGUUGCGUCAGUUAUUCUCAUAAUGUGCUUCAUGAAGGAGCCUGUACGAGGGGAGAGUGAGGGAACACAUGCCGAUGUCUCUCACAGCUCAUGGAAGGACGACAUCAGGCUUCUCUUCUCCAAUAAAUCAUUCCUUCUGUCAACUGCUGGAUUUACUUGUGUGGCCUUUGUCACGGGCGCACUUGCCUUCUUUGGACCCAAAUUCCUUGCCAAAGGAUUCAGCCUUAUACCUGGCAAUGAAACUAAAACAGAUGAUGUGUCUUUCAAGUUUGGGGUGAUUGCUAUGCUCGCUGGUCUGAUUGGAGUCCCACUUGGUCCAUUUGUGGCCCAGCUUUUGAGGUCAAGAUGUGCUCGCAUUGAUCCUUUGGUGUGCGGUGUUGGGUUGAUUAUCAGCGCUCCCAUCUGCUUCUUUGCCAUUUUAACGCCCUCAACAAAUAUGGCACUGUGCUACUUUCUAAUGUUUGUUGGAGAGCUAUUUUUGAACCUAAAUUGGUCUAUUGUUGCUGACAUUUUAUUGUAUGUUGUUCCUCCUACAAGAAGAUCUUCUGCUGAAGCCUACCAAAUUCUGUUCUCACAUGCCCUAGGAGAUGCAAGCAGCCCAUUUCUAAUAGGCUUGGUCUCUGAAAAACUUCAAGAAGUUCUUAGACCAGAAUCUUUAGCACAUAAUGCAAUGAAUAGCACAUUAUCCUUGGUUCAAGAGAGUGAUUUAGUGGAAUUUCAUAGUAUGCAAUAUGCUUUGUUUAUAACAUGUUUCAUUGAAGUAUUAGGAGGAAUAUUUUUCCUCCUUACUGCUUUGUACAUUAGGAGAGAUAAAGAGGAUGCUGAAAAGGAGGCUGCAUCUCUUCCAGAGCCUACCCAUUAUAUUGCCAAUGAUCCAAGAGAAAGAUAGACAUUAUCUUAUUUUAAAUUUUUAAUGCACUGGAAAUGUUAAAUUUGACUUAAAGUCUGAGAUGUGAUAAGAAUUUUUGUACUAAUUACCAGAUAUCAGCUAAAUUUACCAUUUUCAGAUACAUAAUCAUAGUUGCCUUGUACAUACCUGUAAGUUACUUGUAAGUCUUUAUUUGCUCAUUCUGUGGUUGCAUAUGGGGUCAACAAAAUUUGAGAAUCUACGUAAUUGUACAGUACUUGAAAAUUUUGCUACUGUAUACUUGAAUGUAAGGUUUACAGAAGAGUUUUGAAUGUUACCAUCUUAACUAAGUUCAUCCGUAUCUUAAUAAUUAUCUUAUCUUUAGUGAAUUUUCUGAAAGUUAAAGACUGAUAAAAGCAGCGGAAUGAGUGUUGAACUUUGUAUGGUUUUUAAAAUAUGUUAAAAUCAUAACCAAAUAGCCAAGGAUUGGUUUUAUUUGGUUGUAUUGUACUGAAUUUGUAGUAAUGGUGUGACUGUUUGUGACCACAUCAGCCAACACUGCCAUUUAAUAUUACGUAGCCUUCAUGUUUAAACCAAAAAGAUAUGUAUUUUUGUACAAAUGUUACUGUGUGUAACGAGUAUGCUAUAUCCAAGUUGACUUUCCUGCAUUUUCCUUCGACUUAAACAUUGGGCAAGGUUUUGACUCAAAACUACCUAUUGUGAUGUUACAAGCGGGAGGACUUCUUGAGAUUUUGCAAAACAGAUACAAUUCAGUCAUUUUGGGGAGGGUUUGAGUUGUUGCUGAUAAUGCUGCUGCUGACUUUCUCAAACCAAUUUCAUGAGGUUGCCUGUAUCUGUUUGUUUUUUUCUUUUUCUGAACUUUGUGAUAGAUAUGGAUACAGGUUUACAUAUAGAACUGUUUAAUUUUUAGUGUUUAAGUGUAAUGUUGUGUUAUGUAUGUAUAUAUUUCUAUUUAUUGAGUCUUGUAACUGUAUUAGGUGAGUCUUAAACUUAGACAAUACAAAAUUUUAUAUGGAUAUUUUGUCCCCUAUUUACAUGAAACAUUGCAUUUUUAGAUUGUUUUAUCUUCUAGAUUUUCAUUUGUUAACAUUUGUAAUUUGUCAUUUUAUUGAUAAUUUAAUUUAUCUUCCCAUAUUUUAUACAUAACUGCAAUAUUGUAAGAUUUUUGAGCCAAAGUUUUCAUUUUCUUAAUUGUUAUGUUUUUUUUAUGUACUUCAUAAAAUCACGAACAAUUUUAUGUGGUGUGUACGUCAGGUCUGGCUUUUAAACCUAAACAAACCUUUGUGUUCUGGGUUACAGACAUUAUUGCGUCAUUUUGUUGUAACACUCUUUUCAUUUACUUAAUUCAAAAAGAAAAAAUUGCUACCAUGUCAUAUAUUAUAUUGAAAAUUCAGUGCUUUGUCAAAGAUGUGACACUAUGACAACAAAACUUGCGUUGGUUACAUUCCGCUCCAAUUUCUUUUUCUUUGUUUUUUUUUUUAACCAAGCAAGGUGCCUAUUCAGAAUGUACCGGAAAACGCAGCAGUGGGUUUGCCUACUCUUCACACCCGUAAGGGGCCAUGGCCCCUGCGGCCAUAUUGAGUAUGCAAUCCUGCAACACUGCUGCGUAUCCACAGCUGCAUCCGGUAUGCGAAGAAUAGUUUGCACUUUUUGUUGUGAUUUAGGUUGCAAAACAGAACACAGAGUAUGCUACAUUAUUGUGAAGUGAGUGCCAUGUCAUGCCAUCAGUGUGCCAAAAGCAGAAUUGAGGGGCAAUCUAAUAGUUACCCUUCCUUAAUUUCUACCUGUAAUUUGUUCGUUUAGAUAAUAUCUGCCUUUAAAGUCUAAAGUUGUUUGCAUUAAACAUUUUACCUAUAAUUAAAAUUUGGGCUGCUAUACUUUUAUUGAUGUGAUCUGAAAUAAAAGAUCAGAUAUUCUGCUGGUCAGAAUAACCUCUUUUAAUAACAUUUUUCAAAGGUAUAAUUCUUUUACAAAUUAAAAAUAUCCAUGCAUGUGUGAAGAUGAAUAGUCUCCGCUAAGUACCUAUUUUUGUAGCCUAAAGAGAUCCUACAGGUACCUGUGUGUACCAGUGAAAUUCUUUACUUCUUACAUCACACAUGUCUAUUCUUUCUCUUAGUUCUUGUUAAAAGCCACUGAAGAACCAUGAAUUAGUGCACUUACAUUGACUGACUCAUUGACAUUGCCUUAAUAUAAUAAUUGAAUUUGGAUUCUUUUCCACAUGUUUCUCAGUCAAGAAAUAAAUAUUUUGUUGAUCAA